ACUGUCUUGUGUUUCAAAUGAAUGUAUCGCAGACGUGCAGACUGAUCAGUUGAGACAAGGCACUGAACCUGCUGUACCUCAGACAUAAAUAAUAUUCUUGUUCCAGCGUCGGACGAGUGGUUACAAUGGGGAAAAUUGAGUGGGCUAUGUGGGCAAAUGAACAAGCUCUAGCGGCUGGACUGAUUCUCCUCACUGGUGGCAUUGUGGGGGUAGCUGGCCAGUUCAGGGACUGGGAGUUUGCUGCGUAUGGAGUAGCUGCGGGGUUUUUUGUCUGUCUCCUGGAGUACCCCCGGGGGAAGAGGAACAAGGGCACUAGCAUGGCGAGAACGGGCCAGUACUGCCUGACUGUUUGUGUGAAGGUCUUCGGUCCGCUCACCAGCAACUACUACAUCAGAGCAUUACUCCAUGCUGUCAUCUGUGUUCCAGGGGCUUUUAUCCUGCCCACUGUGCUUGGCUGUGUCUGUCUGGCCAUAGCCAGCAUCAUCUACUUAAUAGCGGCUAUCCGAGGAGAACGCUGGGUGCCAAAUCUGCCCACGAAAGAGACGGGGAAGCCAUCGGGGGCAGGCAUCGAGGAGCCCCCCCAGAACCCGCCUCCCCGCCCCCCAGCGGAGGUGCGCAGGAAGCGGCUGGAGGAUCUGGAGGGGGCUGCGUACGUCAACCCCAUCCCUGUCACUGCCAAUGAAAUGUAACCCGACGCUGCUAGCUUUACAGGGCUCAGCUCUCCCAGGCUUAUGGCAGCUCAGCGUGGAGUGCAAACGCAUCGUAACCGGACGUUGUUUAUAUGGCCGAUAACGGACAAAGUGCUGUGGAAACGAGAAGGUAGUGAAGUUACUGUGUGUGCGGCAAACCAUUUAGGCUUUUAAUGGUUAAUAAUUGUGAAUACUGUAUGUAAAGUCUUACGGGAGCUUGUUUCCAAUAUUCCCUUUUCUUUGAAUUUCCUACAAAACUUUCCACAAGAUAGGAAAGUUGGUAAUCAACAGAAGUUUUACUUUCAUCCAUUUAAACAAGACAAAAUUUUUUUUUUCCUGGGACAUUUCAUGCUUUGCUUCCAUUUCUCUAUUUGAUAGAACAUUGUUUCAAGAUGAAAAAGUCUGUGAAAAGUGGAAUUUGGUUUUGUGUUUUGGACAUGAUGUGCAAUCUCAAUAUGUCCAUUAAAUAUUAUAUAAUGUUAGAUCUUUCACAUACAUUCAAAGAAACAUUUAGAAAGUUUCUAGACUAUACUCUGGAUUGUUUAUAUUGCAUGCGCAUUGUAAAGUAUACAUCAGGAAGGAAAGGAUACAAAAAAAACAAGGAAGAAAAAGACAAUGACAUAAGUGAAAUAGUUUCAGAGAUAAUAUUUGUGUUUCAGAGACACUAGUGAUAGGAGAUCAUUUUUUACCAUGCUUUGACUUAUUGUGUGCAUUCUUUUUUAUGUUUUUGACGUCAUCUGAAAGUAAUCCAGGCAGAUAUGGAUAGCAGAUAUGCAUUUUUUUACUUUGCUUUUCGCCAUUGUGUUAGAGAGGAACCAAAAGGGACAGGGACCCUACUGAGAAAUGAAGAGAUCAUGUUUCAGUGUCAUAUGCUGAGUUCAUAUGACCAAAGAUUGCACACAGACAUUUCCUCCUUAGAGCUCAGUGCAUUAUUUCCUGGAGUCAUCUUAUCUAUUUCCUGGUAUCAUGGGCUUGGCAAGGAGAAUAUGCUUCUCCACAAUGUCCAUGAAAGCAGGAACAAACAGAUGCUUUUCUUCGUUACUUUUUCAGAGGUAUAAAAUACUCAUUUCAGUCAUUCCACCAAGAUUUCUGUCCCUGAAAAGGGGUUAAAGUUCUGCAUGAUGCAGAUUGAUGGUGAAAAAAUUGGUUACUACAUUUUCUGUGCUGCUUUCAUUGCAAGUUACCUGUAGUAGAGAAACAUUAUUUUUGUGCUGCUCUGUGGUGUAUUUUUUGUAUAAUGAAAUAUUGUAAUAUUUAACAUAAACCUUCAGAAGCCUUCUUUUCUGGUGAUAAACAAUACAACUAUUGUUUAUGGAAAAUAAAUAUACUGCAGUGAAAGCACUUAACCUUGUUUUGAACACGUAUUGGCAACUGAUUCACCAUAAAGCUGACUGAUAUCCAAAUGCGUUAAGGACUCAGGAACAGCACACUGAAAAGUUUACAUAUUUUUGACUGGUUCUGUUGCAUUCCACAGAAAAGAGAUUUUUUUUUCCUCAGGACUUUUAUGAACAUAGGCCAAUGCUGCUAUUUGAAAGGUGUUGAAGAGCCAGCAGGGGGCGCUCUUAUCUUGGACCAUGUAAAUCCAAUGCUAGCGACUGGGCAGUGUUUUGUAGAAGGUGCUGCCGUUUAGAUGAGGUAUUAAACAGAGUUAUCAACUCUCUGUGCACUCACAAGUGAAUGCAGAAUGACCGAAAUAAUAAUAAUAAUAAACGUGGAAUGCAUCUGUACCAAACAUGGGUACUGUGAAGUGCAAUAAUCAGCCAAGAGCUGAUCCUAACAGGGUUGUUUCUUAUGGCUUUGCCCAAUAACAGUGCACAAUUAUAAUGACGUAAGAAAUAGAUGAGUGAGGUAAUGUAUAUAACUGUUACACUGCGUGCUGUUAUCUUAAGUUGCCACCAUGAUAUGUGAUGCUAUGUGCUGCAAGCCGAGCCAAGCCAAGCCAAGCCUGGGCCAUGGUCCCAGAGUUCUGCUGUGCUCCUCCUGCUGGGCCCUGUCCAGUCCAAGCCAAGCCAAGCCUGGAAAUCUUUAUCAUUGUGCAUUGUCCCUGUAACAUAACCACAUUAAGUACAUUUAAUUUUAUUGUCACUAUUCCGUGUCAUGUUCUGUGCUGCAAGCUCUGUGUUGCGACCUGACCCCACGCUAAACUCAAUUGCAAUGUACUUAAAAAUGAAAUAAAUGACGGUGGUUUCCGAUUAUACAAACUGA